CUCGGGGCCUGUUUGCUCUCUAUGGUGCGGUCGCCAUCACUGAGAGAGCGGAGGGGAGGGAAUAUGGCGGUGGAGUCCAGAGUCACCCAGGAGGAGAUUAAGAAAGAACCGGAGAAGCCGGUGGACCGUGAAAAGACCUGCCCUCUUCUGUUGAGAGUGUUCACAACUAACAAUGGAAGACAUCACAGAGUGGAUGAUUUUGCUAGAGGGAAUGUCCCAUCUAGUGAACUACAGAUCUACACUUGGAUGGAUGCUACACUGAAGGAACUAACAAGUUUAGUAAAGGAAGUCUAUCCAGAGGCCCGGAAGAAAGGAACGCAUUUCAGCUUUGCAAUUGUGUAUCCAGAUCCUAAACGACCUGGCUACAGAGUGAAGGAAAUCGGUACCACUGUUUCAGGGAGGAAAGGACCAGAUGACUCGAUGACAUUACAAUCGCAAAAAUUUCAAAUUGGGGACUACCUGGACAUUGCAAUAACGCCGCCUAGUAGAGCACCGCCCCCACCUGGCCGCAUGAGACCAUAUUAAUGUUCCUUCCUCACCCGCUUUGGGCAGCUGUGGCUGAAAUUUGGUGGCCCUGUAUAUGUAACCAAGAAUGUUGGCAUGUUUCAUUGUAUUUUAUUCCUAAACAGGGUAAUUUUUGAGAAAUAAUUUUGACUGAAUGCAGAUGUGGGGAAGCAUCUGUGUGCUCUAGCUACAACAUUUUUGAUUUUGUUUAGUUUGUUUGCAAUUUUUUAAUAAAAUUGUGCCUUCA